AUGCAAGGGGGUAAUUCAGCAAUUAAUCGUCACCUUAAAGCUUUGCGCGUUCCUGUUUUUGAUGGUACCAAGGCCAAAUUUGAAGAAUUUUGGAGCUUGUUUCUGAGUUUAGUAGAUGCUUCAAAUGAACCCAUCAAUCUCAAAACGGCAAGAUUACAGCAAAGUUUAACCGGCCGAGCCCAUGAUGCAAUUCGAGGUCUAGGGGUAUCAGAACCCAAAUACACAGAAGCGAAAGAAAUUCUUAAGACAAAGUUUGGUGGGCAACGUCGGCAACUAAGAGCUUACAUGGAUGAGUUAGACAGUAUACCAGCACUGCGUUAUAAUGAUGUGGACAAUUUUGAAAGGUUUGCUGAUUUAGUGAGAGUGGCGGUUGUGAAGCUCAAAGCAGAAAACCGACAAGCAGAGCUUGGAGAGGGAACAUUGCACAAUCAACUCGUACGGAAGUUACAUGAUCGACAUUUAGAGUGUUACAGUCGUUGGUUAAACGUUCAUAACAAAGAACCAGCAGUUACUAGUUUGUGUGACUGGUUAAAAGAAGAAGUGGCAAUCAAGAUUGAAGCGAAAGAAAUGGCUCAUGGGUUGGAUGAGAAACUGUUACCUGAGCGACGACUCCCGAGAGGAAAACCUGAUGAAGGUCGCCCAAGGUCAUACUUUACUGGAAAAGAAGUGGACGACCGCUUUCAAAACUGUAUAGAAAAACGAGAAGAGAGAACCAAGCCACCCUGCGUUUUCUGUGGUCAGGGUAACCAUGGGAUAUGGAAUUGCAACCAAUUUAAACAGAAAACAGUCGGAGAACGGUGGAAAGUUGCAAAAGAAAAGUAUCUGUGUUUUCGUUGUUUAUCCAAUGAGCAUCGUGGAAAGAAUUGUAGACGGACUCGCCCAUGUGAUGUUGAUGGAUGUCAGCUCACUCAUCACCGACUACUUCAUGACACCGCCCAAAGCAGGAAACCAGGUCCUGUACUUCCAGACGAGAGGGCGGAUCCUUCACGGGAGGGGGCAGAGAGUUUGACAAAUCUUACUAUGACAUCGAACCGGUCCAAAUUGCAACCAGAGGCAACCUCAUUCAGAACAGUUCCAGUUUGGGUAAAAGCUAAUGGAAAAAAGGUGAAAGUGAAUGCAGUGUUAGAUGAUGCCUCAAAUGAAUCUUUCAUGAAUGAAGAAGUUGCUGGCCUCCUUGGAUUGAGAACUACUUGGCAAUCUGUACAAGUACGAGUGUUAAACGAUUCUGUCGAAACCUUCAGGUCAAUGCCGCUGCAGAUCGAUUUAGAGAGUGAUGAUCGCCAGUUCACUAAAACCAUAAAUGUUCAAACCUGUCCUAGAGCAGUUACAGGGAGCUAUCAAGUG